AUGUCACUUCCAAGUCGCAAUUCCCCAACAAUCAAAGCUCUAAUCGAAAAGCAAAACGCUAUCAACUUUCCACAAACAAAUGAUGUGGUGUUCAAGUUGUUUAAGACCUGGCUUUACAAGCUGGAUUUAGGCGAUGCUGAUGAAGAAAUUGCGCAAUGGAAAGCUAGGAAGGUGAAAACUGGGGAGGAGGCGCAAAAAGCUGAUGAAGGAUCGCUCAUCGAUUUGGACACUUCGAAGGGAAAGGGAAACACAAAGAAAAUUCGCGAUUCGCAGAAAAACGAGAUUCUGGAGAUGAUAGGCGGAGAUCUAAAUGCCACCAGCAAUGUAGCGCUGACAAACUUCUGUUAUCCACACAUGGCCAAUCUUCUCGAUUUGUAUCUAUUUGCCGACAUGGCCAAAUUUACCAAAGCCACGGGGUACAUUAUGACACCAUGGCUUUCCUACAUGUGGAAAUAUACAACUAAGGGUAUGCUGAUACGCAAAUUUCUUCUCGAUUUACUGACGUGGGAAAUGCCGCCUUUGUUGUUCGAAACGAAUUCGAAGGAUUUUCCGGAAGAGUUGAGAUUGGAGCUGCUGGUUAAUAUGGGAUAUGUGAUUCAGGUAGCGAGGCAUGGGACGACGGCGUUGGAGAAGAGUAAUCCGUUGAAUGAGAUGAGUAGUUACUUUGAGGAGGUUGAGAAAUCGGAUGCGUGA